AUGAACUUUUCAAGCUUUGGGAGUAAUGUGACUUCUAUAGCAGUCCAGGAUGAUUCUGGGUCGAUAAUUCUGAAGAAUGCCCUCACCAUUGGUCUGUGCUUCGCAAUCAACUACGUCAACUCUGUACUGGUGUACACUUUUGUACAACAUGAGACUCUAAACCUGAAUCCUCGCUACAUCCUCUACAUCCACCUGGUCAUCAACGACAUCAUCCUACUCACCAUGUUAACGCUAAUUCACGUGCUAAGCUACAUCGUUUACUCCAUCAACGUCUCCCUGUGCAUUCUUUUAGCCAUGAUCGGCACCUACACCAGCAUAAACAACCCCAUGACCCUUGCCGUCAUGGCGAUUGAAUGCUACGUUGCUGUUUGCUAUCCUUUACGACACUCCCAGAUUUGUUCGGUGAGAAAAACAUACAUCGUCAUUGGGUUAAUUUGGCUAGUAUGCACGCUGAAUUUGCUACCGGACCUAUUUGUUACUUUAGCCACAGAGUCCAUUGAGUUUUUCCAUCUGAAUGUAUUUUGCACACGAGGCAAUAUUUUCAGACAUCAACAUCUGAUAGUAAAGGAAGAUAUUUCAAACGCAGUGCUGCUGGUGGCUGUUUGGCUCACACUUUUAUACACAUACUUUAAGGUACUUUUUGCAGCACAAUCUGUAGCUUCGGAUGCUAAAAAGGCCAGAAACACUAUCCUUCUUCAGAGCUUCCAACUAGUGCUGUCUAUGCUGAUAUAUGUUAAAAGAGAGAUAGGUGAUGGGCUGAUCUGCUUGUUUCCAGAAAGUGUCAUGGCGAUUCGUUUUGGGGUGGCGUUGCUGGUUAACAUACUUCCGCGGUUAAUCACUCCGCUGGUGUAUGGGAUCAGGGACAAAACGUUCAGGAAAUAUUUAAAGCGAUACUUGUUGUGUAGAAAAGGGAAUAAAGUUGCAAUUUGA